AUGUCUGGUACCCCGAUCAGCAACCCACCUUGUCCCCAUAGGAACCGAACACAGAGUCCAGGGUCAUCACGGACAGCAUCGACAAGCAUAAGAGAGAACGGGGAUUGCAGCACAGACACCAACGAAAAGAAUGCACAAGAGGGACCACACUCAGCACAGUCGCAGCCACCAGGAGCGUCGCCGGUGCAGUGUGUGGAGAAGCUCGAUCAUCCCUUGCAUACUUUCAGCGUCAACAGACUCUGCCAGGCCUGCCAACAGGAGCGCGACAUGAGAAUGGAGAUUCUCGACAAUCAUGUCAGCCAGGAUACCGCGAGACGGAUAUCUGCCCGAACGGGCGAGCGCAAUCAGCGGGGUUUCGAGCAGGGGCGACGCAUCUACCGUAGCUCGACUGCAUUGCCGAUGAAAAUGGAGGCCAAGGCUAACCCGAGCCCGAACUUGAGCUGGAACAUCAAUGUGAAGACGAAGUUGAACCUGAGUAGGGAAUGGAUGGCUGGAUAUCUUCAGGGAAGCGAGAUCGGCAGCUCGAAUGCAGCGUCACCACGGGCCGCGUGCGAAACGGCGGUUGGCUGUCAUGGUGAAAAUCGACUUGCUCAGAACACCACCGAGUCUCGAGAACUGCGGUUGGGGCAAACGUCGCCUUCAUUGCUCUCGAUCUCAAGUUCUUGUGGUCGGUCUCUCAGCCUGAUCCCCUCGCCGUCGACGCCGGUGCGGUUGUCAUUUGCCGCCUUGGGUGAUGCUCGUGCAACCGGCGCGGUGCAGACGAGAUAG